AUGCUUGGAAAGGGACAUUCGACGACAGAGAUUGGGGGCGUGGCAUUGACACUUUCGUGUUCGGAUAUGCAUCCUUUGCUGGCUGUGGGUUGCGCGGAUGGGGCUUGCAUCACAACGAACCUGCUGAGAGGCACCCGUCGAGAAGGAGCCGUGCCGUUGCUGAACCACAAACUGUUUCAGCUCGACUACAACCCUACAUCGAAGCAGUACCGAAUCUUGGACCAUUUUCUUCCUCGAGAAAGUGGAGUCGCGGAGGGAACAGUGUUCAAGGAAUCGAGUCAACCCAAGGCGGGGUCAGGCGAAGCUGCCAAAAAGGAUGUGAUCAAGGAGGGGUUUGAGAGUGGGCGGAUUGAGCCUUCUGGACUCUGGGCACCGAACAUUGCAGUAUCUACAGUGGCGUGGAAUUCGGUCAACGGCCUGGGGAACGCCUCCUUGCUGGCGAGCGGGACGACGAGCGGUUUGGUGCGGAUCGACGAACCCGAAGGCGCGUGGAUGCGGGGAACUCGACCGUAUGGUUCAAUGGCCGAAAUUCGAUUCGAAGGAGCCGAAUUUGCCAACGAAAGUGGAUCCGAGUCGGACUAG